AUGCAGGAACUGAGAAGAAACAGGUCAGGUAUCACUGACGAGCAUGACCAACUCGUCACUAUGCACGAUAUUCUCGAUGCGCAGUACGUACUUGAUCACCAUAAGGUUAACGCCAUUUGCUAUGGGGCCAAAAUUCUCUUGCCUGGUGUGUUACGGUAUGACGAUGGUAUUGAAGUUGGCCAAGAAAUCGUAGUGGUUACCACCAAGGGAGAGGCCAUUUGCCUCGCUAUCGCACAAAUGACAACAUCAACGAUGGCUUCCACUGACCACGGAGUUGUUGCUAAGUCGAAGCGAGUAAUUAUGGAACGCGAUGUUUAUGGGCGAAAAUGGGGCCUAGGGCCAGUGGCCAGUAAGAAGAAGCAAAUGAUCAAGGAUGGGCUGUUGGACAAAUUUGGUCAACCCAAUGAAAAGACACCUGCCAAUUGGAAAGUAGUCGAUUAUUCCGCUGAAACACCGAAGGUUAAAAAAGAAGUUGAGGUCAAGAAAGAAGCUGAGGAAACAGCAUCCCCCAAAGCGAAGAAGCAAAAAAAGCAAAAAGAACCUAGUAGUAGCUCUUCAGACUCGGAUAGUAGUGAGUAGAA